AUGGUUGUUUACAUGAUGAGCAUGAUUAGUUUUUUUAUCGUUGGGUUGUCUCAUCAGUCGAGCAAGGAAGGCAAGACAACAAUGUUGAUAAGGGAUAUGGACAUAGCAAGGCUAAUAAUCCAUGUACAAGAAGUUGAGGAGGAUGAGCUGAAAGAUAAAGAAGGGUUUACGAAUAAAAGGACUAAGACAUUAGGCAAUGAUUUCAUGCAUCAAAAGAGUAGUACGAAGUGGUCUUCUUUCAAACAGAAACAUAAGGGACCUAGCCUGCCAUCUACUACUACACUUAUACCUAAAACCAAAAAUAUUUAUUGUGAGAAAGGAUUUAUUGGUUGUUUCAAGAGGGGUCAUAGUAAUCAUUUUCUGAGGGAGUGUCCUGAUAACAAGCAAGGUAGUGGAAAUCAGAGCAAUAAGGUCCAAUCUUCUUCAGGUUCUCCACCAGACAGGGCUUCACCUAGAGGGGAAAAUUCCGAUACUAGCGGAGGAACAAACCACUAG